AUGGAGAAGAACUUAUGUUCCCCUAUUCAUCUGGGGGCUAAAUUACCUCCCCCCUGCGACUGGAAUGAACUAUGGCAGUUAGGCAGUUGUCAGACUUACUUUUGGCUGGCUUAUUCGAAAGCGUCCGCCGGGCUGGCGGAAGCCAGCAAACAUUUCAACUGGUGGGGAACAGAGAACACCUGUGACUGGAAAGGGUGUGCAUAUCUUUCUGUACCCAACGGCAGAAGGUUUGGCAUGUAUAAUCCCAUGUAG